AUGCGGUUAACAUCUAUACUUCUCCUGGGUCUUGGCCUGGGAGUAGUAGGUGAGACUACUACUACGACUGAGUCCUCCAGUGACUUGUCCUCAUCGGUUUCUGCCAGUUCGACCUCUUCUGCUAGCUCUAGCUCUAUCAGCUCUAGUCCUACAAGCUCAUCUUCUACAAGCUUCAGCUCUAUUAGCUCAUCCUCUGAAAGCUCUAGCUCUAGCUCUACUACUCCAGCAAGCUCAUCUUCUAUAAGCUCCAGCUCUAGCUCUAGCUCUGCAAGCUCUAGCUCUGAAAGCUCUACCUCUACUAGCUCAUCUUCUGCAACCUCUAGCUCUAGCUCUACUCCUGCAACCUCUAGCUCUGAAAGCUCUACCUCUACUAGCUCAUCUUCUGCAAGCUCUAGCUCUAGCUCUACUCCUGCAACCUCAAGCUCUACAAUCUCCGGCUCUACAACCUCAAGCUCUGCAAGCUCUAGCUCUAUAAGCUCUAGCUCUCUAAGCUUAUCUUCUGCAACCUUUACUCCUGCAACCUCUACUCCUGCAACCUCUACUCCUGCAACCUCUACUCCUGCAACCUCUACUCCUGCAACCUCUAGCUCUAUCAGCCCUAGUUCUGCAAGCUUAUCUUCUGUCAGCUCCAGCUUCACAAGCUCAACUACUUCCGCCAGCUCCUCAUCUAUCUCUGCUGACUCCUCUGCUUCUGUUAGCUCUUCUAUUCCAGCUGUUUCCUCAUCUGCUUCAACCUCUGCCAGCAAGUCAGACUCAAGCUCCGCUGCAACGUCCACUUCAGCUGAGCCUACCAGUGAGGAGUCUGCUUCUGCCGAGCCCACCUCAGCUGAGCCUUCCAGCGAGGAAUCCACUUCUUCUGCUCCUGAGCCUACGAGCUUCUCGACCAUCACCACUUCUGAGUCUCCCACCACCACCUCGGCCUCCAUCGUCAGCUCUCAAUCUGUGUCUCUUGGAUCAGGAGUUACAUAUGGAAACAAUGCUGCACCCGUGGAUGAGGAUGGCAAAGUUGUCGCCGUUGCCUUGUCACCUGGCGCAGACGGUACGGCAGCUUUCGCUGUCGCUGUUCAAGCCUCCUCAUCCCCCAGUGGCAGCUCCACAACCGUCACAUUCGAAUACACUGUCAGUGAUUCUUCUAAGCGCUUGCGCUUUAAGCGUGCUGCCUUCGAGGGUUGCACUCUGACCAUCACGGUUGAUGGCAAGGAGGUUUACUCCGGACCUUUCACCCAGACUUGCGGUACUGAUCCGGUGAACCUUUCUGUUAAGGACAUUGCCCUUGUCACUGCUGCCAUUCCUAUCACUACCGCUAUUGAGACCGGUUCCGCCACUGAGACUGCCACUGAGGCCAGUUCUGCUACUGAUACCGAGAUUGGUUCAGGUUCUGCCACUGGCUCAGCUACUACCGCUGAGAAUGGCUCUGCUACCGAGACUAGCUCUGCCACCGAGACCAGUUCUGCUACCGAGACUGCCAUUGAAACCGGAACUGGCUCUGCUACUGAGACUGAGACUGGUUCUGCUACCGUGGCCGGUUCUGCCACUGAAACUGAGACCGGCUCUGCUACUGAGACUGAGACUGGUUCUGCCAGUAUGACUGAGACUGGUUCCAAGACUGGUUCGGCUACCAAGGCUGGUUCUGCCACUGAAACUGAGACCAGCUCUGCUACUGAGACUGAGACUGGUUCUGCCAGUAUAACUGAGACUGGUUCCAAGACUGGCUCAGCUACCAAGGCUGGUUCUGUCACUGAAUCUGAGACUGGCUCUGCCACCAAGACCGGUUCUGCCAUUAGUACUGCUACUGGCUCUACUACUAUGACCGGUUCUGCCACUGAGACUGAAACUGGUUCCAAGACUGCCUCUGCCUCUGCCACUGUGAGUGGUUCUGUCACCAGGUCUACUUCAGCUUCUUCUGGCGCUACCAUCGUUCCUGGCAACCCUACCGUUGUUGGAGACUUCACUCUCUUCGGCUGUGCCCGCUCUUCGAAUGGUUUCCCUACCUUUAAUCUUGCUGGGUCUAGUGCUUCUAUGGACCUCAACGUUUGUGCUUCCCUCUGCUCCGGCAAGGCCUAUUUUGGUGUUUACAACACUGACUGCUACUGCGGUGAGGAAGUUAGCUCCGCCAGCGCGACCCGUGUGGCCAUUGAUCUUUGUGAUACUGAGUGCCCUGGUGACAAGUCUGAGUUCUGUGGUGGUAAAGCCGUCUCCAGCCGUAUUGUGCGCCGUGUCGUCCCCAGCAACAUCUUACUCACUGUCUACCUUAAAGCUGCUGCUGCUGACACUGUCACUGAGUUGGCUACCAUCACUGCAACUGUUUCUGGCACCACCACUAUCACUACCGAGGUCACCAAGACCGUUGCUGGCCCCAACCCUACCACCACUGUCGUUGAGGAGAUAUACAUCUGCAUCAAUGGCAAGUGCACUGCGCAGUCCGAUUCUACUUCUCGCGUUGUCUACGUGAUGAUUGAGGCCAACGGUGCCGAGUGCGAUAAUCAGUGGGUUUAUAUCUCUUCUCCUUGCUCAUGCCAGGGUGGGAAAGAGUAUGUCGCUAUUUUCUGCUCUGAUGGAAGCUGUACUGGCAAGACUGUCUAUAAGGCCUCUGAGUGCUCUGAUUGGUAUAACUACGAGACCUUCUUUGUCCCUGCUGACUGCGGUUGUGGUAAGAAGGGUGAGGCUGCCAUCAAGUUCACUCCUUGGGAGAACAACUGGGGUACUCCCGAGAAGUGCAACGAGGAAGAGGUUCCUGUCUGCACUGACUGCACCUACGCAACCCACUACGCCACUGGCAACCGUACCACCUCUGGUUCCAACGGAAGCUCAGGAUCUGGAUCUAGCUCUGGUUCCGGCUCUGGUUCCUCUUCUUCUGGUGGUUCUGGCUCUAACUCUGGAAGCUCAGGUUCUAGCUCAGGUUCACCUUCCGGUGGCUCUGGCUCUGGAUCCUCUUCUGGUGGCUCUGGAUCUGGAUCUUCCUCUUCUGGUGGUGGUUCUGGCUCCAGCUCUGGAAGCUCAGGAUCUAGCCCAGGUUCAUCUUCUGGUGGCUCUGGCUCAGGUUCCUCUUCCUCUGGAUCCUCUUCUUCAGGUGCCUCUGGCUCCUCUUCUGGUGGUGGCUCUGGCUCUAGCUCUGGAAGCUCAGGAUCUAGCCCAGGUUCAUCUUCCGGUGGCUCUGGCUCUAGCUCUGGAAGCAACACUCCUGACAAUUCUGGGAAUGGCAGCCCUGGUUCUGCUGCCGGUACCGCUGGCUUCUCGAAACCCAGCCAGCAGCCCGGCCUCCCCGUUACUGCUGGUGCUGUCAAGCAGACUGACACUUCCAUCGCACUUGUCGCUUGCGUUGCUGUUGUCGCAGCGCUCUUUUAA